AGAAAAAACAAAAGUUAUAUAUAAAAUAAUUUAUUUCUCAUUUAUUUUUCCAAUCGAUUGUAGUUUCUGAUAUUUGAGCAACAAUGGCGGAUGCAAAAGAAGAAAAACGUCAAGCAAAACUACAAGAUAAAAACUUUGUGGACUAUCGUAAGCAGGAAAUCUUGCACGAUAUCAAACCGAAAACCAAGGCAUUUAAUUUGAAAAAGUUCGACGAUGCGUUCCCAAAACCGAAUAAGAAGAAGGAGGCAAAUAUGGAGUUUGGAGAGUUGAUGCACAAGUACCUUACUAUGCGUCCAGAUGGAAGAUUUGCCACGUGGCACGGGAAACCGCAGACUAAGAAAACAAGAAAGACAAAGUUGGAUCCGAAUGAUGGGAAGACUGGAUUGUUGCAGAAAAUGACGUCAGCUGCUGGAGUUAACAAGCAAGCGAAAGAUUUGCCAGUUACAAAUCGAAAAGCGACUAAAAACUACACGAGAGCAGUGAAGAAUGCAAUCAAUCAAAAGGCUGAUUUUGAAGAAGACGAAGUCGAUCAGAAACGGUUGAGCGAAGCAUUGAAGUUCUUACCAAAAGAAGAAGUCGAAGCGAAAAAUCGAUACGCACUGAAUGCCAUCGUCGACAACAAACCUUUCUGGCUUGUCGGAGAUCCAGUGGUUCCAGAAGAUGAAGAGGAAGCAUAUGUUGAUGCAGAAAUGUUGUCAAACUACACCUCAAAUCCCGAAGGUUCCCAAUAUAUCUACAAUGAGACCGAACGCAAAGAAUUCUUCCCUUGGGGGCCAACUCCUCAACUCUGGAACGAGACAAAGCAUUUUCAGAAUAAAAUGCUCGUUAUUGGAAACACGUUGAGAUCGAUUAUUGAAUCGACGGCUGAGAGAAAAGGAAUUCCAAAAGAGCGAGUUGAUAAAGGACAUAAGCCAAUUCUCAAAUGGUCUCAGAAAACAAAAAUAGUUGAUUACGCCAUGGAAUCGGUGCCAUUGGAGAAGACGGCAAUUUAUGAAGGAAAACUUCAGAAUAUUUUGAAGGAAAAUGCAAAGAAAGAUUGAUUUGAACUUGGAAUGAAAUUGGAAUGAAAUAUUUU